AGGCCGGGAACGCGCGCCCCCGCCCCGCGCCCGCCUCCCGCCCGCCCUCCGGUCGCUGCGCUGGGAACCGGGAGCCGCGCGUCCGGGGAGGCUGGCGGCGCGGGCGGGCGGGGACGGCAGGCUGGGGGCGGCGACGGCGAGGGGCCGCGCGCGGAGGGCGCCGGGCGCAGCAUGGGCGGCCCGCGGGCCUGGGCGCUGCUCUGCCUCGGGCUCCUGCUCCCGGGAGGCAGCGCCGCGUGGAACGUCGGGGGAGCCCAGGUCUCCGGACGCAGGAACUGGUGCUCCUAUGUGGUGACCCGUACCAUCUCAUGCCACGUGCAAAAUGGCACCUACCUUCAGCGAGUGCUGCAGAAUUGCCCCUGGCCCAUGAGCUGCCCAGGGAACAGCUACAGAACCGUGGUGAGACCCACAUACAAGGUGAUGUACAAGACAGUGACCACGCGUGAGUGGAGGUGCUGCCCCGGGCACUCAGGGGUGAACUGCGAGGAAGUUUCAGGUUCCGCUGGCUUCUUGGAGCCUGGCUGGUCAGGCAACACCAUGCGACGGAUGGCACUUAGGCCCACAGCCUUCGCAGGUUGCCUCAACUGCAGCAAAGUAUCAGAGCUGACCGAGCGGCUGAAGGUGCUGGAAGCCAAGGUGGCAGUGCUAACUGUCACUGAGCGGGCAGUGCUCCCGACCCCAGCGGCACCCGGGGACCCUGUCCCACUCUGGGGCUCCCCAGCUGCCCGGGGUAGCCCUGGAGAUGGAAGCCUCCAAGGGUUACCAGGAGCCAGAGAGAACGUGAGGGCCCCGCUGCUCCCUCGAGAGGAUCGAGUUGGUGGCCAGGGGCUUCCUGGGCCCACUGGCCCCAAGGGAGACACUGGCAGCCGGGGCCCAACAGGGAUGAGAGGCCCACCAGGUCCUCAGGGCCCCCCAGGAAGCCCUGGCCAGGCUGGAGCUGUGGGCACUCCUGGAGAGAGGGGACCUCCAGGUCCACCAGGGCCUCCUGGCCCCCCUGGGCCCCCUGGCCCCCCAGCCCCUGUUGGACCACCCCAUGCCUGGAACCCCCAAUAUGGGGACCCAUUACUGUCCAACACCUUCACUGAGACCAGCAGCCACUGGCCCCAGGGACCAGUCGGACUCCCAGGCCCCCCAGGGCCAGUGGGUCCCCCUGGACUUCCUGGUCCCAUGGGCAUUCCUGGGAGUCCUGGACACAUGGGACCCCCAGGCCCCACUGGACCCAAAGGAAUCUCCGGCCACCCAGGAGAGAAGGGAGAGAGAGGACUGCGCGGAGAACCUGGCCCCCAAGGCUCCACGGGGCAGCGGGGAGAACCUGGCCCCAAAGGAGACCCUGGUGAGAAGAGCCACUGGGGGGAGGGGUUGCACCAACUACGCGAGGCUUUGAAGAUUUUAGCUGAGAGGGUUUUAAUCUUGGAAACAAUGAUUGGGCUCUAUGAACCAGAGGGGUCGGGGGCAGGCCCUGCCGGCACAGGCACCCCCAGCCUCCUGCGGGGCAAGAGGGGAGGACACACGGCCAACUACCGGAUCGUGGCCCCCAGGAGCCGCAACGAGAGAGGCUGAGAGCAGGGCGGCCCUAGGGGCAGACCUGGCCUGGCUUCCCUUCCUAGCCUGGACUUGGCCAACUGCCUCCAGGGACCGCCCAUGCAUAU